CAACAUAAACUCCCAACUUCAUAGGUUUUUUUGUUUUUUGUUUUUCAUUUUCCGCCGGCGAACUACAUUGUUUUUCUAUUCAAAAAAAAGGCUUAAAAGGUAGUUUUUGUCGAUAUUUUUCAUGGAAGAAGGAGAAAGCAUAUUGGAAUCAAUCUACGAAGAGAUUGAUUUAGGAGAUGGGGAAGAUGCUGAGAUGCUUGAUGUAGAAGAAGGAGAGCUCGUGGAUAAUGACCUGGUAGAUGAUCGAGAAAAAACCGGCGUUGCAGUUGUUAAUGUUGAAAAUCAAGGUUCCCAGAGUAAAAACAAGACGCGCAAAGGAAAUAAGAAGAAGAGCAAGAAAAGGAAGGGUGGUUCAGAACCUAAAACUUUGGAUAUAAACAGGUUUGUGUUAGAUACUUGUAGACGGUUAAAAGAGAAGAAGUCUUACUUGGUGUAUACUGCUGUGGGAUGUUUGGGGAUUUCUGCAUUGAGUGAUCUUGUUAAAGAGGUGGAUGUAAUUCAAUCUUGUGGAGGACAGAUGACUGCUGAUGGCAGGCAUUACAGGAAUGGUGGUGGCGUUUUAUGGAAUAUCAUAAAAGCGCGAGAACCAGUUGCUUAUCGAGAAAUAAUGAAAAAAGCCAAGGAAUUUGAGAAACAAUUCAAGCAACAAAAUAUCAGACAAGCGCCACCACAGAGCAAAAAGAGUUCUUCUCAAGAAACUGCCUCUACGCUCGUGAAUGAAACUGCAACAAGUAUUCCAGAAGAUUCUGGACCAAUUACUCAUAAACCAACAGAAGAGUUCAGUGCCGAAGGAGCACGGAAAUCUGUUCAUGAUAGGAUUAGGGUUCCUGUUUCAUAUGAAGACCUUCUAGGAGGAUAAGAAAGAUUUUUAAUGUGAAUGUUUUCAGAACAUUGAAACAUUGCUUGGCAUCAAUUGUUCAUGUAUUGAUUUGUUGAUACAAUGGGUUUUAUAUAAUUUGGAAAGCUACAGAUGAGAUCAUGGUCAUUAAUGAAAGAAUUAUUAGCUGU